AUGCUACAUGUUCGAGAACUCCAUAAUAUCAAAGCAAGACAUGAAGAAAUCAAAUGUGCCGUGCAUGAUAAAGUCUUGGAAGUCAAGGCUUUCUGUGACGCAUUCGUAGAGACGUGUCCUGAAACGCUGAAGACGAAUUUAUUCACACAUAUAUCGCAGCUCAAAAUCGACUACACGGAUUACUGUAAAAAUGCGAAGGAACGCUUCGAAUACGUCUGCCCGGAACCGCUUCGCUUUAGAACCUUUGCCGAGGAUGCGGUUGAGUUUUGCCUUCGUUAUACGAACCGUUGUCCUAGAGCCAAAGUACCCGACGUACCAGUGCCGUUCAGAAAACAGGAUGAAACGCAUAUAUACAUCCGUGAAAUCGCUGCUCAUUGCAAACUGUACUAUCGUCAAGCACGGACCUUCUGCCUUCAUUUAGAACUGCUGAAAUUUCCGAAAUACGCUAUUCCAUGCUGGCUUUACAAAUUGAACUGCAUUGACGUCUAUAAGAAAGUCAUCUACGAUGUUAGAUACGGUUCAUUCUUCGACUAUUCCUUUGGAGCUGCCAAAGUAGGAAAUCUUCUUGUUUGA